CAGGUGCUGGUGAACAGGUACAAGAGGAGGACACGACAGAACUGUUUCUAUCACACAGAGACAACAACAAGAGACAAGAGAAGUCGGAGCAGAGCACGGCCUUUCGUGACCCUUUGGAUGUGCAUCAAAGCACCUUCCCUUUGCAUCCCAGAGGUUGUGUGCUUGUAGAAAAUGAUUGGAUCCUUGAACAAACGUAUGCAGGAUAUUCUGGCAGAGCGAAGAAGCCAGAGGACCAGACUGGUCACUAAAGAUGGCCGCUGCAAUAUUGAAUAUGGAAACAUCAAGUACAGUAAUCACUUUGCCUUCCUGGCUGACUUUUGGACCACCUUUGUGGAAAUCAGGUGGCGAUUUGUUCUUUUUUUCUUCAUUGCCUCAUUUACACUCAGCUGGUUCAUCUUUGGCCUGCUGUGGUACUGGAUUGCUCGCAGUAAUGGAGACCUAACAUGGCAAAACCCAGCGGAGGACCACAUGCCAUGUAUCGACAAUGUCGUCGGCCUCACCACUGCAUUCCUUUACUCUCUCGAAACCCAGACAACGAUUGGGUAUGGUGGACGAGCACUCACCCCUCUCUGCCCGGGCGCUGUGGCCCUUCUCAUCAUCCAGUCCCUCGCUGGAGCCAUUAUCAACUGCUUCAUGUGUGGAGUCAUCCUGUCCAAAAUCUCUUCGCCCAAAAAGCGGGCAAAGACCAUCACAUUCAGUGACAUGGCUGUCAUCAGCCCCAAAAAAGGUGCCCUUUGCCUGUCAAUCAGAGUGGCCAACCUACGCAAGACCCUGAUGAUAGGAAGCCAACUCUACGGCAAACUGCUGAGAACGACCACCACACCAGAUGGCGAGACAAUCAUUAUGGACCAAGUCAACAUUGAAUUCAUGGUGGACGCUGGGAAGGACAAUCUCUUCUUUGUGUGUCCUCUCACAAUCUACCACAUCAUUGACAAGGGCAGCCCUUUUUUCGAGAUGGCAGUGGACACACUCCAUAAGCACGAGUUCGAGCUGGUCGUCUUCCUCGACGGCAUCGCCGAGUCCACCAGCUCCUCCUGCCAAGUGCGGACCUCCUUUAUUCCACAGGAGAUCAUGUGGGGCUUCAACUUCUUGCCCAUCAUUUCCAGGACCAAGGAGGGCAGGUACAGAGUGGAUUUCUCCAACUUCUCCAAGUUGGUGCCUGUUGCCACUGCACACUGUCCCUAUUGCUUCCACAAUAUCAAGGGUCAUCAUCACCACUCCUUAAGUGGGCAUGACAACCAAGGAUUUGAGGUGAUUGAUAUCAAUGAUCCCCCAAAUGUCACCAAGUUGUGAAAUGGUAAAGAAUUAGGAAAACAGACUUUGAGUCGAAAGACUUAGUCUUCAAGACUCUAAAGAACCUAAUGGUAAACAAUGCAUUGUGUAGCAUUUAUACGUGAAACAAAGACGAUGUACUUUUUUAAAAUUUUCAUUUGAUUGUGUUUAACAGAGAUAAGAAAUCUGUCUGUGGGUCAGGACAGUUAUUGUUUGGAAUUUGUAUGUGAAACCACACCUUCCACUGUCUGCUGACCAAAAAAACCUGUUUCCAAAACAGAGAUCAGGUCAUUCCAGAUAGUGAAGACUUUCAGAGUACACUUGAGCUCUUGCUGUAAAUGAAGAUGAGCCAUCUUAAUUUAUCUUUAACCUUGGACAAAUGGUUUACCAGGUGCGGACAGGCAGAAGGAGACAAUGCACAUGUAUUUAAAGUCUUGUAAUUACUUGAAAGACUAUUGUUGGGUCCAGUAGUAAUUCAGUUAUUCAGACUACUGUAGGUCACGCACAAAUAGACACUUGGAAUUGAACCAUAAGGGUACUGUACGCUUUAACCUUAGCACUGAGGGAUAAGGGACUGGUGUUUUCAAAUACCGGUAAAAAAUUGCUGCGUACAACACUGACUGUAUCUGAGUCAAUGUUCUUUGUUUGUAAAGAUGUUUUUUGUAUGUAAUAUCAGGGGGAAAAUACACAGACAUAAAGGCUAUUUUUGCAUUGAAACACGUGUGCUGUGUUAUUAUCUGCAAAUGUGAUUGUGGUAAGAACUUUUUUAUCUUGUUUUAUUAUUAUUUAUUAACAACUGAUCAAAAAGGUCAAAGGAACCCAAUGACAGGUGUCAGCCCACAUCAUAGCUUUUAAUCUAUAAACAAAGCAAAGUUGUGGCAGCAAACAGGGAUAAACACACAGUGGAGGGCUGGUGUCCAUGAGAUAAACGCUGUUGCUUGUGGGCCCUUAUUUUGCCCUCUUAUUCUGAACAUGAAACCAGAAUUCUCCAUUUAUGGUUAAAUAGGAGCACCGACUGUAUGCUACCCUGACGCCUCUACAGGUUUGUCAUCAUGGACCUCCCACAAUAACCUUUGUAAUGAACUGUACAUCGUGGUUGAUGUAACAAAUGAUAGCAGACAAUCUCAGGAUACAAGAUAAUGGAUAUUGUGCAAAAUUAGUAAGCAGCACAAUGAUGAUGAUGAUGAUACAUGCUUGAGGGGCAUAUUUUAAUAUAAUCAAAUCAAAAAACAAGCCCACAACUGCCUUAUGAUGGCUACUCCCUGUACCUGUGAUAAAUAUCUUUGUCCUCAUGGUUGUAAAUGGAAACUAAGACUAUGGAUGCCAUUUGACACAGUUAUGGUAUACUUUCCAGCUGUCAUCAGAAAUAAAUACUGUAUAUUACAUCUUUCAAGGAUCAUCUUGAUGAGUUGCUUAAUUAUGAACUGUAAAUAGGUCACUGUAAAAAGAAGAAGAAGCCGUUAUGAAUGUAAAAUAAAAUGUCAAUAAAAUGCAUAUUAAAAAAUUACAAAAUA